AUGGAAGCCUCAAUACUUGCUGGUGUUGGCAAGACCGACUUCAAUCCAAAGCAUGCUGUUUCUUGGCUCGAAGAACAGCCUGACGAACUACAACUAUGGCAAGCCGUCUUCGAAGAACUUAUACUAUGUGCUUCAAAGCCGAAACAAUCCUCGGGAAAUACCUGUGGGAAACUGUAUGGCUUUGUUGAGCAAUGCUCAAAGUCUUUCAAACCUGCAUUGCGAAACUUUGCUUUCGCAGAGAGUACUGCUCUGAGGCUUUUCGACUUUUUUAUGGAAUGGAAUGAACAAGAUUCUCAUAGAUCUAUGAGGCUCGUCCUCGAUUUCCUCGCAUAUUUCAUAUCCAAUAAUCCUACAGCAGACGUUGGUGUCUCCGUCAGGAAUACUAUAUUGAAUAACACCAUAUCUACGAUUACACAAAAGUCGUCUCGACCAUCGGUAAAAUCUGCUAUCGCCGCGUUAGAUCACUUUAUUCAAAAGAAACUAGUUGAAUUAUACGGUGUCUUAGAGAUAUAUAAAGAGAUUAACAAUCUCCCCUCAGAUGAUAUCACUCUCUGGGAUACUUUCGUCGCCAAGAUUUUCGCUUGGAUGGAGCUGCAUCACAUAUGCUCCGUAGCCGGAAAACUUCUUGUUACCAUCUUCACUAACUUCUGGUUUGAGGAUAAAGAUGUUAAACAUAACCCUGAAUCCUGGCAUGGGUUCAUAUAUAAGGCCCUGCAGACGAAUCCCGAUUAUCUUGAACCAAUCAAACUUUAUAUAUUCGUGCCGUUAUUCAAGGCUGAUCGAACUAGCUCCUUAAUCUACCUUCAAAAUCUAUUCACAUUGCAGACGCUUACUAGUCAUGGCAGCAAUGGCUUAGAUCCCAAUUCAAUGCUAUGGCUUGCUAUGCUUGAGGCAGGAAAGAAGGUCGGGGUAGUGGAUGAGCCGGGUCGCCAACCCGAGCAGAAUUCCCAGUCAGCUUCUCAACUGCAAACAGACAUACUUGAGAGUGUCUUAUGCCAUGACUCCUUCGAAGCACGGUCUUCGGCCGUCUCUAUUCUCAUAGCCUCAUCGUCUACAACAAAGCCAUACACCACAGAAGCUUUAGAGCUACUUAAAAAGCAUCUGCCAUCUUUCUACGAAGAUUCUGACCCGAAGAUGCGCUAUGAUGUCCUGGGUCAUUCGCGAAAUAUGAUUAAACGAAUUCAAUGUACCAUCGAAUCGUUAAGGCGCGAGGUCGAGCGACUUUCGAAGAAGAUUAACAAAACGGGAGCGAGCAAGGCUGUCCCUAAAGUAUCCUCUAGAAUCAAAGAGAGUCAACUUCAGAAACACCAAGAGGACGCAAUUGUAGAGCUUCGUGCUACAUUACAACGACAUGAAGACUUCGUUUCCUGGUACGUAGGUUUUCUUAAGGACGAGCUUUCUCCCACGACAUCCUACCAGAGACAUAUUACUGCAUUGAAAGCGAUGGCAUAUAUAAUUCAAUCAACCGCACCUCAAGUAAAUGGCGCGGAUAUAUCUUCCGAGUUGAGGAAUCUACUCGUCGAUACAACGUGGUUUCGAUCUAUCUUAGAUCUCAUAAUGGACCCGUUUGAUGAUGUAAGAGAGACUGCAGCCUCGCUAGUGAUGUCGCUCUCGCUUCAGAACAGAGAUUCGGGUCUUCAAAAACAGAUUGGUGAACUAGGGAGAACACCUAUUGAAGAACUUCGGAGUUUUUGCCGCAAAGCAGAUGAGCUUGCGCGGAGAACAGCUCGCGCCGAUCACUCCGACGGUGCUGCUCGAUCAUCUGAGCUUCUAUAUCGCUGGAGUACAGAUACGGAGAAACAAAUAUCAAUUCCAUUCGAGGUUUUAUCUAAUCUCGAAUCCAAGCUCAGCGCAGCUGAAAAAGACUUAGCCACCGCAGUUCUCCAAGCCCCGGUGCAUGGCGGUUUUGCUUCUCUUCGCUACAUAUGGGGCUCGCUCUCAAGCGCCAAGUUCUCCGAGGCGGAUUUAAGGACAUUGGCAGAGUUGCAGGACCGUGCUAUUGUAUGUUGCCAGAGAAUAUGGCGAGCUGUGCGACACGUCCUCUGUGAUGAUUCUCCCGAAGGCCAUCUUCCCGAGGAGCUUGAAGAAGUAGAAGGGCUUGAUACCAAAGACUUACUCAGUUACAGUUUCCGGGCGAUUCAUGAAUCAAGCAAUUUGAUGCGCACGAUUGCAAAUUGUGCCCGUCAAGGCCAAGGACGCGGGCUUCUAGUACCUUCAAGGCAGAAUUUCGAGGCAAUUGGAAGACUAACAUUUGAUGAAUUAUCAAAUUUGCGACACCGAGGAGCAUUUACGACUGUAUCACAGACAUUCACUAGUUGUUGUCAGCUUGUGAAAUACUUCCCACUCGAGUCGAAUGACGGUUCUAGCCUCCUAGACGAGUGGUAUACGGGGGCUUUGGCUUGCAUUAAUACACAAGCGUCGACGACCCGAAGAUCAGCUGGUAUCCCAGCUCUCAUCGUAGGCAUACUUUCUUCAAAUGCGGAACGCCCGUCUUUUGAAGAUGUCAUCCAUAACUUACAAGACAUCGGUCGGCAACCGGCGCUCGUGUCCGAGACUGAUGGGUCGAACUUACCCCAAGUACACGCCUUGAAUUGUAUCAAGGAUAUAUUCAAGAGCUCGUUUCUUAGUAAGAGAGCAGAGCCCUACCUCACUGAUUGUCUCCAAUUAGCAGCAGAUAGUCUUAAAUCUGAGGUAUGGGCAAUUCGAAACUGUGGCCUCCUACUUUUACGAAGUCUCAUUGAUUGCCUCUUCGGUACAAGUGAGAGUAAAUCAUCUAUUGAAGCAGGUUGGGAUGGGCGAACUACCAAGAUAUCCUAUCACAAAUUUAAAGCCCUCCCCGCCCUCCUCGUGAGCCUUCUGGAGAUGGGUCAACAAUCCACAGGCGUCUUGAUCGGAAGUCAAACUGCGGAAUCUGUAUUUCCAGCAUUGGAUAUCAUCCGUCGAGCUGGACCACCGGAGGAGGUUCGCGACAAGCUUUAUGAUAUCAUUGCAUGGUAUCUAGGAAGUCGAAUUUGGCAUGUUAGGGAAAUUGCUUCCCGUACCUUAUGCUCCUUUCUUUUGAAACCGGGCUGGACUGAAUCCAUUAGCAACCUUCUAGAAAGCUGCGGAAGCUCCGCAAACAAGCUUCACGGCACACUUCUAACACUUAAGUUCUUGCUAGAGAGACUCGCCGAUGUGAUGCCCGAUCAGCUUUCAAGUCGCGAGGUUCGAGCCGUAAAGACUCUUCUCGAAUCAUUAGUAAGAGAUGGGCGUGUCAACACAUGUCCGGAAGUGAGAGUCGUAUGCGUCGAUGUGAUUGGCUUCCUUACUCGACUAGACUUGUCUGAAAAUCUGCCUUCGGCGGAACCAGCUAUCGACCCAUUCGAAAAUCUAAUGUCUAAGGCUUUUGCAUCUAGCGAUCAGUCGGCCAUGAUAGGCGUAGGGCCAUCAGCAUUACUAGAUAUCGCGCUGGGGCAAGCUGUGACUCAACAAGCAUUGCGACAAUCUAGUACGGAAGGAGGAGAUAUCCUGGCACAGAUUCUGAUGGCCAGUCUGAAAGGCGAUAUAAAUGUUGCCUGCUCCAUACUAGAGACUUUACCUACUCUUAAACCAUCACAGUCCAAAGAAAUGCGAGCCAGUCUCGUCAACGCAUAUAUACGAGUGUCCCUCGGGACCGAUGCUACUGAGCCGCGCAUAAUUGCUUAUAGGAACCUCGCGGAUCUUCUAGACGAUAUGAUGCGCGAUACCCAGGCUAAGUGGUAUAAGUAUCUUCCCUCAAACACGACCAUAAACCUGCUUUCUGAAGAUUACCGCCGAAAGCCUUCGAAUCCAAGUUUAUGCGACGCUUUCGUCCGCCUGACCGGACCGAUGAUGGCGAUUUUCUCGCGAUCGGAAGAGUCAGGCUAUCCUGGUAAAGAAUGCGAAAUUCGGCGCUGGGGCGCAAUGAUUCACGACGCCGGGAUGGCGGAUAGGGCAUUUGGUUCACGUAAAGCGGCCGUCGACGCGAUGCAAUCCUUCUGCACAAUCAUCAGGUUCGGCAGAUCUGACAGCCCUCUCGACGUGGCACACCUACCCUGGCUCCUCGCUCUUUAUGACGCCCUCAACGACGACGACGAUGAGAUCCGUAGCAUCGCAGCCCAGGCCGCGGCACCCCUGCAUUCAAACCAGCCACUCGUCUCCAUUGAGGCAGGCCACCGGCUCCUGCGACUUCUCCUACUGUGGUAUGGUGAGAUCGAUGAAUUCAGAGCGCGCGUCGCAUGUCGCAUGAUUGGAUACACCUCAAACGACGCCCCCGGCAACGAUGGCGCCGUUUCCCUCUCAAACUGGAUCCCCGCUACAACACAGAUCUCAGAAGCCAUGCGUUUCGACGACUCGCUAUUUGUCAUCGAGGAGCCGAACCUGUACAUAGACGAAGUACGCGAAGCGCGACGGUGGAGCGAGGUAUACUCCUCCCUCCCCCCAUCCCCAUCCCCAUCUUCGCUGGUAGAAGCCACGCUCUCCAGCUGGAUCCUAUCAGGUCUCCAGACGCUAGUCGAUCUCGCGGAACGGGAGGGAAGAGACGGUCCAUUGGGACCGAUGUCGAAACCAGAGGUGUUUGCUAUCUCCGCGCGGAUCCUAGUCGGUGGCGUUGCGCUCGCUAAGAAGAGGGACGUGGAGGUCCGGAGGGAGUUGGGGAAGUUCCGGGAUGCGGGGCGCAAGGCUGAGGUUCAUGGCUUGUUGCUUGGGAUGUGCAAUGGGUUGGAUGCAUAA